AUGAUCCAGAACACUGGUUGGAAUUGUGCCGGCGUCUUUAUUUUCUUCACCUUCCAAUAUGGGAUUCCAGGUCUCCCUACCCCUCAGCGAGUCUUCUAUGUGUGUUAUGGAUGUGCUAUUGUACUUUUUGCAUGUGUCUAUCCUGUUCAAGCAUUCACAAAAGCCCUCCUUCUACAGCUAAGCUUGCCUGGUGCGGGCCGUGACUCAUGGGCGCGGCACGUUAGACAAUUGAUAUUCUGCCUUGGAGUUGUCGUCGCCUCCCUUUACAUUCUCGUCUUUAUGAUAAACUAUUUACCUCCUCCACCGCCUCCCCCUUCUUCAGCCACUGUGACCUCCUACUUUCCAUUGGCCUUACGCAAUACCAGUCUUGCUGUCCGAUUGGCUACUGCAAGUCGCAGCCAGUUCACCACAAAUGUCACUACUGAAUCAAAUUCUGAGAUGACCGAACAUAAUCGUUUCAUUUCGCCCACUCUCUCGCCUCUCUUCUUUCUUCCUAACGUCUCAAUUACCACUAUAAUGAAAGUUCCUCGAUUUCGAAUGUAUCUUUGUGCCAGCCAGGUUCUAAACAAUCUCGCGUUCACUUUGUUUGAUUAUGCUAUCCAUCAGCAGGUCCGCAGGCAGCCUCGAUGGGCCGGAUUUCUAACCUGUCUUUUUUGGUCACGGCUACUUUAUUCCGUCAUUGAGUAUUUCAUUUCACUAUCAUGCUUUCUUUUAGUCUGCUGGUUAGCUAUCUACGACGCUUGUGGCAUAAGCCGCUUAUUCAUUAUCGUCUGUCACUUCGGUCUAGUAAUCUACCCUGCUGCAGCACGUGGACUAGGCUGGGCCUACCGGCGAAUGGUAUUUGCCAAGCACCUGGCGAGCUUCGCCAGUCCCAGUGCUCAGCAGCUUGAGGCGUUGGCUGAUAUGUGCCCGAUUUGUCACACUGAGAUGACACCAGAAUCAGCAAAAGUAACGAGGUGCACUCAUGUAUAUCACACGGAUUGCUUAGCUAUGUGGAUGCGCCGGCGGCCUGUUUGUCCCGUAUGCCAAACAGAUCUGCUUUCUACAAACGUUACGAGUCAGCGUCGGCUGUUUACCGACUUGGCCAGCCCAGAGGCAACAAUGCAGCCCGCUGAAACACAAGCGAAUGGAGCUUCGGAUAUUGAUGAAUAUUAUGUCCACGCUCAGCCUCUUACCAGACCUAGUCAUUAG